GGUUCAGGUUUAUUUUUCUUGAAGAGAUGUCGGAAGAAUUAGGAAAAUCAUCAUAUGACUGUGACAUCUGCAAAGAGUCAUUCUUAGAAGAAAGUAAAUUCAAUCAACACAAACAAAUUCAUACAGAGGAAGCACCAUAUCACUGUAGUAUCUGUGGUAAAUCAUUCUUAAGUAACAGUCACUUAACACAACACAUACGUAUUCAUACAGGUGAGAAACCACACCACUGUGAUAUCUGUGGUAAAUCAUUCUCUGUUUCCAGUAGCUUAACUAAACACAAACGUCUUCAUACAGGCGAGAAACCAUAUCGCUGUGAUAUCUGUGGUAAAUCAUUCUCUAAUGACAGUAAUUUAACUACUCACAGACAGGUUCAUGGAGGGGAGAAACCAUAUCACUGUGAUAUCUGUGGUAAAUCAUUCUCUGUUGGCGGUAGCUUAACGAGACACAAAUAUAUUCAUACUGGAGAGAAACCAUAUCACUGUGAUAUCUGUGGUAAAUCAUUCUCUGAGAGCCGUAGCUUAACUCGACACAAACGUACUCAUACAGGGGAGAAACCAUAUCACUGUGAUAUCUGUGGUAAAUCAUUUCCCGAUGGUUGUAACUUAACUUCUCACAAGUGUAUUCAUACAGGUGAGGAACCGUAUCACUGAUAUCUGCGGAAAAUCAUUCUCAUAAAAUCAUCACUUAAUUAAACACAAGUGCAUUCGUUAUGCAAAGGAUCCAUAGCACAGUGGCAUUUGUUGUAUGACAUUCCGUCAGAAGUUGAAGCUUGGACCUUAUAAAGAACUGUACACAUCAUAGAAACUAUAUGAAUGUGACAUCUAUAGUAAAUCUUUGAAAUGAAAUUAUCCAUUAUUGAAUCAAAAGAGCAUUGACUGAGGAAGGAAAACAUAUCACUGUGAUGUUAAACCUGAAUCAUUCUAUCAAAAUGGUGAAUUGUUUGUACACAGUCCUAUUAAUAUGAAAGAUAUAACUGUAACCUAAGCUAUUUGUGCUAAAUCAAUCUACGAAAGUGAUCAAUUAUUGAAAUGUAAAUGCAUUCAUACAGAAGAGGAACCACGAUGAUGAUGAUCCUCAUCAUUUAAAAUUCUCCUAUUCAUGCUUCUGUCAAUCAGAUGGAAUUCAUUGAUGGAGAUUUUCUACAUCUGGGUACCUUUCUUGUGACCAAUCCUCACCUGUUUCCAAUCAAGGAAAUAUUUUUCCUGGUGAGGCAUAUUUUACGCAGAGGACUGGAAAUGAACAACUGCACAAGUAUGACGGUCACGAUGGCCCUUUACGAACAUCACAUAAUAUCUGGACAAGGGUCCACACACAUGUAUGUUCAAAGAUUUUCUUAAACGAAAUCCUUUACAUGUUUUCUCUACAUGUAAAUGUUUGUAAUUCCUAUUAGGAAAUGAAACACAUGUAAUGCUGAAUAAAUAAUA